GCUAUGAGCUACGGUGGUGGUGGUGCUGGCCCGUUAAUUGUGGAACCUUCUUAAUCGGCAACCCUUAAGCAAGCGGCAGGAUGCUGAUCCGCUGGAAGAGCAAAGACAAGAGCGCCUCCUCCAACCAGAGCGCCUGUGGCAGCAGCUCCUCCUCGAAGAAAAAGCGCAAGGGACGCGAUGGCGAAGAAGAUUGGCAAAAUGAGAACAAAUCGGGACGAAUGCCACCGAAUGAGCAGGGUGGUGGCGGUGGAGGCGGUGACGAACGACGCCGGGCCAUGCGACGCGACGAUCCGCGACGGCACACGCUUGGUGGCGACAUGCUGGUCUACGGCGGCGGCUCCCAGCACCAGCAUCCGCAUGCCCAUCAAAUGGCGCCCCAGCAACAACGGGCCAUGGACCUGGAGAUGAGCACACGGGCGCAGAGGAACAAAAAGAAUCAGCCCAUGCGUGGCUAUGCACCCGUCAACCAGGGACCCCUGUUCGAUGACGAUCCCGGGAUCAUGUCCGAGGUGGAAACGGCAAGCACUGGUUUCCGUAGGGGCGGCAAGCAGCGCUCCUCGCUCCCCGUGGUCCGUACGCCCUCCAAGACGCUGGAGCGGCCGCUAGGGCUGGUUUUCCUCCAGUACCGCUCGGAGACGAAGCGCGCCCUGCUGCCCAACGAGAUCACCUCGAUCGAUACGGUGCGUGCCCUGUUUGUGCGCUCGUUCCCUCGCCAGCUGACCAUGUCCUAUCUGGAGGGGCCGAAUGUGAAGAUCUACAUACACGAUGCCAGCAAGGAUAUGUUCUAUGAGCUGGAGGAUGUACGUUCGCAUCUGCGCGAGAUACGCGAUCGAUCCGUGCUGCGUCUGUUCGAGUCCACAGAGGUGGCGGCUCCGCCACAGAUCCUGCCCGGUGGCCCGGGCAUACCGCAGCCUCUGCCGCAGGCCCAAGCGCCGGCAGCCAACUGGGAUCAGGAUCAGAGCUAUUUCAGCGAGCCGGAAUUCGAUUCGGACUACAAGCACCAGCACAUUCACAAGUCCAAGAUUGGCAAGCAGCCGGCUCCCUACUAUGUGGGCUCAUCGCAGACCCUGCCACGCGGCAUGUACUCCUCAGAGCGUAACAAGGUGUCAAUGGACGGCUACACCAGUUCCCCGGAGCGGAGCAGCCGCGGCAACUACGAGGAGCCCUACUACAGUCAGUAUGGAACACGGGGCCCAGUGGUGGCGCCCAUCAUUGACGAGGAGCAGAGCGAUGGAACCAUGACGGAGGAUCAGUACGCCCUGUACGGAAUCAAGGUGGGCGGUGGUCCCAAUCGUCUAGCGCAUCGCGGCAACCAGAUCUACGAUCCCACUAGGCCCGAAGACUUGCAUCGCAUACGCGUCGAGCAUAUGGAGCGGCAAUUGGCCAAUUUGACGGGACUGGUGCAGAAGGCUCUGGUUAAUCAAAAUCCACAAAUUGGGCCACUGGCGGUGCCCACCUUGGAUCCCAACUAUCUCGUUGUGCCAACCCAGAUGCAAGCCAAUGGCUCCGGAGAUGAGCUGUACAUUCGGGAGAAAGCUCCCAAGCUGGGCAAGAACUCGUGCCAAAAAUCCGUGUCCUUUGAGAAGUCCGUGUCGUUUAGCGAUGACAUACAGGGAAUACCCAAGUCGCAUAGCCCUCUACAUGCCGCUGACACGAAGCCUACCAAGCCGGCAAUCAAGUCAUCUACCCUGCCACGCACCUCGUCCCAAGAGCGCGAUCGCCUCAAGCCUCCACCACCCCCGAAGCCGAUAGUUCUGGCCCAGACCGCUCAUCCCAACUACCGGGCUGACAUUGCUCUGGCUCCCGAGGUCUAUAACCAUCUGCGUGGCCUGCAAAAGAAGGCCAAGGAUUUGCGCAUGGAGGUGCGAACCCUGCGACGUCUAUCCCAGGCCCAGGCUGUUGCUGUCCGUGAGGACAUCAAGGGCACCUUUAUGCGUAUCCGGGCCACACUCUUGGCGAGCAGCGGCAGUUUUUGGAGCCAUCAGAGUGAUCAGGACACUACACGGAUAUCACGCGAAGAAGAGCUGUACAAGCAGGAAGUUAUACGGCUGGAGAAGGAUCUCAGUGACCUCGAGGCAUCGGUGGAGAAUCUGCGCGGUGAAGUGAUCAAUCGUCGCACACGUGUCAACAUGACUGCCGUGGAGGAUAUGGCUCUGGUGCUGAGUCGGGCCAGCAAAACUGUAGCGGAGUUAAAGCUCAAGUUCCCAGCCUUGUCGAACGGCCUGCGCUGCAUAUUGUCGGAUGAAAUGGAGAAGGUGGUGCGUGAAGAAAAGUUCCUCAAAGAAGAGCCCGAUCGCCUGGAAUCGGCACUGCGACGCUGCAAGAAGCUGACAGGGACCCUGGUCACGCUGAAACGCUUGGCCAGCGUUCAGGAGCAAAGGCUACCGCCCAAUGAGCCAACCAUUAGCGAUGAGCCGCCACGAUCUGCGGACAUCUCGGCGCAAGACAAGCCAAUCCCAACACCCAGGAUGGGGUCGUUCACUCUCAGCGGGGGACUCGCACCCGAAAACGCACUCGAUGCUCUGCUAGAUGAGCUCAAGACCUUCUCCAAGCCUAUUGCCCAGCAGCAACAGCAGCAGCAGCAGCAACAACAGCAACAGCAGCAGCAACAGCAGCAGCAGCAGCAGCAACAACAGCAACAAUACGAGAUACGACCCGAUGCAGCCGAUUCGGCAUCCGAUGAGAGCGCCCAGGCCGCAGUACAAAGCACCGUCACCACGCAAAUAUCACAGGCCCGUCUCUACACGGAGGCAAAUGUGAAUAUGCAGCAGGCCAGCGCCAGCACCAGCACCAGUGGCAGCAACAUGGUCAUCAUUACCAGCAGCAGCAGCAGCAGUAGCAUGCCGCAAUCCCAAUCGCAGUUAAUGGUACACACCAACAUGGGCAGCCUGCGACGCCUGCACUCGUAUCCCAGUGAAUCAGAUGGUGAACUCUCGCUGGCCCCCAAUGUGACCACCAAUGGUGGUGGUACCGGCACCGGCACAGGCGGCAGCAGCACCAACAAACCACCCGUGCCCGAGCGAAAUGCUGAAUUGAUCACCAAAGUGGGCCACAAGCGCAUACCGCCACCUCCGCCGCCACGCACCAGCUCACGCAGUCCACUGGCCAGUCCAACCAGCCCCAAUCAAAACCAGAUUCCGACCCAGAACCAGAAUCAGAAUCAGAAUCAGAACCAGAAUCAAAAUCAGAAUCAAAAUCCUAAUCCAAACAAUAUUAACAGCGCCGGUGAAUCCUUUCUAGCCAGCCUGGCCAGUGACACCUCCAGUGGUGACAACUCCAGCGGCAAUGAGUCCGGCAACGAUCAUGUCCAGCGUCAGGUAGCACUCGAGAUGCGACACCAGGAGCUGCUCAAGAAGCAGAAGUUGCUACAAGAACAAUACCAGAGAUUGCAGCAGAUGAGCAAGCUGCCAUCGGUGGAUCUAGGAUGCACCGCACAGUCGCAGGGACAGGGACAGGGACAGGAGAUGGGUGGAAAUAAUACGCUUCGGAAGCUGGGAAGCGAGACGAAUAUCCAACAAAAGAUAGCAGCUUUAAGUUUAGCCUGCGAGGCUAGUGGAGCCGCAGCCGCGGCUGCUGCGGCGGCGGCUGCUGCGGCUGCUGCAGCUACCAAUGGUAGCGGUGUGUUGGCCAGUGAUGCUACGAGCGGUGCGAUCGGUGGCGCCGGUGGUGGUAUUGGUGGAGCUACCGGGACGGCUGGUGCGGGCGCUGCUGCUGCGAAUCAGACAACGACAACCAACACCGCCAGCACCACCACCAUCACCACCACAACCACCACAAAACAAGUGUACGAGACGGAGAUACUUUAACACAACUGGAAAUUGGCGUGGAACGAGGCAAAAAUUGACAUUUAAGCAAGGCUCAAGCUCACACAACCGAAAUUGAUAAGAGAUCUAGGCGAGAGACUCUCACUCCCACUCCCACAAGCAAAGAUAUCCUGGCAGGUCAGGGUCACACUCCACUGUAUUUGUAGUUACGAAUCGUAUCUUAAUCCUGAACACAUGGUCCGUUUUGCUAGUAAACACCCAAGAAUCUCAAGAAGCACAAGCAGGAAUGAAUAAGAAGAAAAUGCAGCAGGAUGGCAGGAGGAAGGCACCUGCAACUACAACUUUACACAAUCGAAUUGAGAAUCAAAAAUGAUUAAGAGAUGAGAGAAAAAAAAAACACCCAGUAUCUGUAAUUCAUAAUCACACACUGGGCAAUGGUCACAAGUAGGAUAAACAGCAUCAUCUCAAUGAUCAAUGAUCACUACCCCCAAGGUUCCCCAGAUUCCCAGAUGAAUGUAUUUAUAUAUUUGUAUGUAUUCGCUUACAUUGAUGUACUCUUGUUGCAUGUUGUGUUUUUUGUUGUUGUUUCAAUGAACAUUGCACAGAGGGAAAGCGAGAGAAAGUGAAAAGGAGUAAGGGAGAUAUAUAGAGAUAAAGCUCAAGGCAAGAGAAGCAUUGGAGAAAUAAGAGAAACACCCCGCACUUAAACCUAAUAUAUACAUAUGUAUAUCGUACUGUGUGUGUUUAUGUCAAUGCCAAAGCAGGAUCCCACAGGAUUACACACACACACACACACACACACACACACAAAAGACACACUAAGGAAGAAUAAACCCAAAGAAUUGCAACGAGUUACAAGAAUAAUUGCAAAGAAUUAAAAGAAUCAUGAAGAAUCGUGAAGAAUAGGAGAAAAACCCCAAGAAGAAUCAUGAAGAAUUACGAAGAAUAGCUAAGCACAACACAACACAAUACAGACAGCCAGUCGUACCAAAGGCCAUAUACUGAAUAAGAUGCGUAACGACAUACGAACAUAAGUCUCUCUUUUACAUUUUCUGAAAAUCCAAAGAGAGAGCGCAUUCUAGUGCAAUUCGAGGCCUCAAAUUUACGCAUCUUAGGCAUUAUAUGAUCCUUGAUCUCACGCACUGUUAUGUACAGAUCUCUUGCGUAUGAACUUAAAGAUAUGUCAUAGGUUUUCGAAUUUUUGAAUUAGCCUUGGUUAACCCCAAUACAUAUAUAUUCCCAUAUAAUACCCCAUAUACCCCAUAUACGUGAGACUGAUAGUUCUAUAUACACAUACACACACAAAAUACACAUACACACAUGCAUAUACAUAUAUGUAGCUCAUCAAGGAUACACAAGGCAGCAGCAGCAUUAUGAUUGAAGCAUGAAAGCGAUGAGAUAUUGUUGUACUCUUUAAACAUUAUUUUUGUUAACUAAAAAAAAAA